AUGUCAUCCAUCAUCAUCAGAACCGCAGACCAAACAAAACGAAAACUGUGCGACGUCCUCGACGAUAUCAAACGUUUGAACUUGGAUUCAAACAACCAAAUGACAACUACCGAAGAAACAAUCCAGUCUUCAUCAGGAGCGGAAAAGAAUCACCCAAGAAAAAAUCAUGCAUAUCCAAAUUUAUAUAGAAGCGUUGGAAGCAGUCAAUACAGAGCUGUGGAACGGACACUCCGACAACUGGAAGCUAUAGGUGAGAAUUUAGAACAAUCCGGUAUCGAAAUUGCUGUAGAAAGAAGACAAAUUAUCAACCUGGAUUCUAGAACAGCCUUAACAACCGCUGUUCCCGAGAAGCCCACCAUCAAAGCUCUAUCAAGGUCUUGUGCACUAUGCAACAAGAAUCAUUGGGAUGAAGAGUGCCAGACUUAUCCCACUCUCAAACAAAGGUUGGAACGUCUGAAGAAAUUUAAUGCUUGUUUCAACUGCUUCAAAGCCGGACAUAUAACAGCUAAGUGCAAAAACAAGAAACGGAAUUGCUUCCACUGCACGAGUCAGCACAACUCGGCGCUGUGUUCUAGCAGAUUCAAGGAAGUGGUCAACAAACUAGAGGGUCCAGACUCCAUUAUCACAAUAAAUACAAUAGUCGAAAAGGGAUGA